GGUGAGGCUGAACCGAAAUUGAUUCCAGACAUAAAGAAGACGUGGAAGCGGAGUUAAGAUGAAAACGGAAAAGAUAUAGUUUGUAUUCAGUUAUUUGCACUUUGUAAUGUAAGUUGACAUUGGGGUUGUUGUCUCGUUUAUAAUGGACGUAGCUAAACUGAACGAGUAUGCACAGAGAGAGCGCUUGGAGCUGAAGUAUGAGGACGUUGGAUGUGUUGGCCCUGAUCACAUUAAAACAUUUAUUAUCAGAGCAGUCCUGGGUGGUAAGGCGUAUCCUGAUGGUGCGGGUAAGAACAAGAAGGAAGCCAAACAGAACGCAGCAAAGAAUGCUUUGAGAGUCUUGUUUGGAAAGCCAGAUGACUCUCCUGGAGAGGAGAAACAGAGUGGUGCAUCAAGCCAACCAGAGGAGGAAUUGGAUCCAAAGGUGUCAGACAUCUGUGAUAAGAUAAGGAGCGUGAGCGUGAUAACCACAGACGAAGGUUUUACAGAGACAAAUUUCAUAGGAAUCGUCAACAACUACUGUCAGAAAACAAAAAACUCCUCUGAUUACAUCUUAGUGAAAAGAUGCGGCCCACCUCAUUACCCUCAAUAUUUCUACAAAGUAGUGAUCAACAAUAAGAGCUACCCUGUGGGUGAGGGCAAGAGUGUCAAGGAAGCCAAACAAAAUGCAGCUCGCCUGGCUUGGUCUGCUCUUCAAGAACAGUCAGACUUGGACAGCAAGGAUGCUGUGAAAGACAAGAGUAUUGGAAGUAGUCAGAAUGAGACAUCCACCCAGUCAAGGUUUACCUCAGACUUCGAUCCCAUGGAGUGUCUUGGCAGUGGAGUCUUUGGGUGUGUUUUCAAAGCAAGACACAAGCUGCAGAACACGUUUUAUGCUGUAAAGAUCGUCUGCUGUGAGGAGAAAUCUCUUCAAGAGGUGGAGACAUUGUCUGAGCUCCACCACCGUAAUAUCAUCAGAUACUACACAUUUUGGAUGGAGGAUUCAGGAUACCAAUGGGACAUUUCAGAUGGCAGUUCAGUUUACACUGUCAGAUCUUUCAAGCCUCCAGAUAAGUCAUCGUCAAAGUACCUCUAUAUUCAGAUGGAGUUAUGUGACACCAAAACACUUCGAGUGUGGAUUGAUGAGAAGAACACUCAGCCUCUGCAAGACUCCAAGAGAAGAGAAGAAAGUCUAAGAAUUGCUCAGCAAAUAGUCAGUGGAGUCGAAUAUAUUCACUCCAUGAAGCACAUACACAGGGACCUUAAGCCUGCAAACAUCCUGUUUGGACUGAAUGGAGAGGUGAAGAUUGGGGACUUUGGUCUGGUCACCAGAGAUUAUGGCAGCACUGAUGAUGAUGAUGACGAUGAUGACUCUGCUGUGAAGGAGAGAACAGGGUGCAAAGGAACCCCAUCUUACAUGGCUCCUGAACAAAGGUCAGAAAAGCCAUAUGACCGAAAAGUGGACAUAUUUGCUCUGGGGCUGAUAUACUUUGAGCUCCUUUGGAAACUCUCUACUCUUCAUGCAAGAGCCGGGGUUUGGAUGAAUGUCAGAAGUCAGAAGCUUCCUGAAGAGUUCUCACUGACUUUUCCCGAAGAGGACCAGAUCAUCAAGCCAAUGCUGUGUGAGAAGCCAGAGGACCGACCUGAUGCAAGUCAGCUGAAGACAGAGCUAGAGAAGUGGGCGCUAACAUUCAACUCACAAAAUGUGAGUCAGGAAAAUGCAACACACUGAUUGUCACAAGGAUUUGUCACAAGUCUGAGGAGUGUAUGAAAUGAUGUCUCCUCUGUGAUUUAAUGCAGUGAUUUGAUAUACUGUAUUAAGAUGAUGUGUAAAUAUGAAAUGUGAUUAAUAUUUGUGGGAAAAUAGUUAUUUACUGCACUUAGACACAAUUAAAGAGCAAUCUAAGAAGGGGACCUAAUAUUAUCAGUUUUAUAAUCAGUCAGAAUGAAACAUAAAAUCAUUUUUAUUGUGAUAUAAAUAAAAGUUACUUUUACAGUAA